AUGAUAAGACGACAUUUAACUGGUAUUCUUAUCUGUGCUGGUAUUGUUGUCUUGACUCUUUAUCUACUAACUAGACAUCAAACGGAUACAAUGGCAAUGAAAUUUUCAAUUACAAACUUAUGGAAUUCAGUUCCUAUUACUAAUCAUCGAUCAGUUCAAAUUAGCCUGUCUUCUACUAAUGAUAAAGAUCAUCUUAUUAUUGAAAUUGAUGCACCAUUUUUUAAUGAUCCUGCUCCUGUUUCAUCACCAUCGUCACCACCUGGUUCAUAUCCUGAAUUAUGGAAUUAUGAAGUAGUCGAACUAUUUUUCUUAGCAUCCUCAACCAAUCAUUAUCUGGAACUUGAGUUUUCUCCACACGGUCAUUAUUUGGUCCUUCUAUUACUAGAUCGCCGAAAAGAAUUAAAACAAAUGGUACCUUUACCUUACUAUAAUGUUGAACGUCCUACAUCUGAUCGAUGGAUUGGUCGAGCCCAUAUUCCUCGUUCUUUAUUUCCUGCUCAUAUUAAUAGAUUUAAUGCUUAUGCUAUUCAUGGUCAAGAUGAGAAACGUACAUAUGAAGCAUUGUAUCCAGCAACAAUUGAUAAUGAAAAACCUGAUUUUCAUCGACUGGAAUUUUUUCAAGCAUUCAAUUUUGACUCAUUAUUAAACAUAGGCGAACGCGAUGGUGAUCAUUGGAAUACAGACUAA